UGGUGCUUCAUCUUUCCUUUAAGAUAAGAAACAGAGAAACAGAGAGUUUGAAGUUACUACAAUGGCAGCGGUUGACCCUCACUCGUUCACGUAGGCAUCGCAGCCACGGACGAAGCACGUGUCCCUGAGUCUGUACCUUGACUUCUCGAGCUCCAUCAUUCACGCCUCCGGACUCUUCCUUCUGGAAAGGCCACACCAGGGGCCAUUCUCCCUGGACACGAGGUCCCUCACCAUUCAUGGCGUGAUCGACCCCACAAGCAGAGCCUCUCUCCCCUUCACUCUCUCCUCGCCGGACCCCAUAAAAGGGUCGGAGCUCUCCAUCACCCUCUCCGAUCACUCUUCUUUUCUCAUCAUCUACUGCACCUCCCCCUCCUCCUCCGCACUACAAUGGCUCCUACCACCCCAAACCUUCGCCAAGUCCCACCCUUUCGCCUACACCCAAUGCCAGGCCAUCCACGCCCGCUCCGUCUUCCCCUGCCAGGACACUCCCGCCGUCCGGAUACGCUACUCCGCGCUCCUCAACAUCCCUUCGGAGCUCUCCGCUGUCAUGUCGGCGCGCCACGUCCAGCGUCGUUCACCCAAAAAAGACGACGCUUUGGACGUCGCUACGCCCUCUCCAUGGUGCGCGGAAGGGAGGGUGGUGGAGGAGUUCGAGAUGGAGCAGUCCGUGCCGCCUUAUCUCUUCGCGCUCGCUGUCGGAGCGCUUGGAAAUAGGGAGGUGGGGCCCAGGACGACGGUGUACGCGGAGGAUGUGGCCUCUGUGUUGGACUCGGCGGCGGCGGAGUUCGCCGAUACGGAGGAUUUGGUCAGGGAAGCGGAGAGUCUGUUCGGACCGUACGAGUGGGAGAGGUUUGAUUUGUUGGUUUUUCCGCCUAGUUUUCCCUAUGGGGGGAUGGAGAAUCCAAGGAUGGUGUUCUUGACGCCCACUGUAAUCAAGGGCGAUGCGUCCGGGGCGGAGGUUGUGGCUCAUGAGCUUGCUCAUAGUUGGACUGGGAAUUUGAUUACCAACAAGAACAAUGAACAUUUCUGGUUGAACGAGGGCUUCACUACUUAUGCGGAGAGAAGGAUUGUGGAGGCUGUACAAGGAGAACAAAUAGCCGCAUUGUACAAUGGAAUUGGUUGGAGGGGUUUGAUUGAGGAUGUUGAGAGGUUCAAGGACAACUUGGAAUUUACAAAGCUAAAAAAUAAUCAGGAAGGAAUUGACCCAGAUGAUGUGUUUUCUCAGAUUCCAUAUGAGAAAGGUUUCCAGUUCUUAUGGCGCAUUGAACGACAGGUUGGGAGACCUGCAUUCGAUGAGUUUCUGAAGAAAUAUAUUGCUACCUUCAAGUUCCAAUCAAUUGAUACUGAAACAUUCCUUGACUUCCUUAAAGCUAACAUACCUGGCAUAGAGAACCAGAUUGACUUGGUGCGGUGGACGGAAGGUACUGGCAUUCCUCCUGAUGCUUAUGAACCUGAUUCAACUAUUUAUAAACAGAUUGUUUCACUGGCAAAUGAGUUCAAAAAUGGGAGGAUUCCAAGGGAAGAUGAAGUUGCUGAUUGGCAAGGUCUGCAGUGGGAGCUCUACUUGGAAAACUUGCCGGAACCGAUUGAAGCUUCUCAGCUUGUAGAGUUGGACUCACGCUACAAGCUAGCUGAGUCGAAAGAUUACGAGGUAAAGACGGCAUUUCUCAAAUGGGCUAUUUCAUGCGGAUGCAAAACUUACUACAAUGAAGUGGAGAAAACCUUAAAAGAAGUUGGGAGGAUAAAGUAUCUUCGUCCACUUUAUACUGCUCUUAUGAGUGGGAACGAAGAUGAUAAAGUAUUUGCCAAAAGAGUAUUUCCAGAAGCCCGUGAGUCUUACCAUCCGAUUGCUCAAAGUGUUGUUGAGGGUAUACUUUCCAAUAAUCUGUAGAAGCAACAAUUAUCGGAUUGUUUAAUGUAUUUGGACGUUUGCAUGUUGUCUUUUUCUGUACUCCUUUACAAUAAAUGAGGUUUAUCUUCA